GUAGAGAGAGGUUUUUAGGGCGAGGGAGAGGAUUUAAGCGAGGCGAGGGUUGAUUUGUUUUUGACGCCUCUGAUAACCUUUUCCCUUCCUUCCUGAAUCUGCCUAGGGUUUUAGCUUCGACUCCAUUAUUUAAUCAGAAAAACCUCUUGAACAAUGAGCACCGACAAGGAUAACUUCAACAUGGCCGAUCUUAACGCCUCUCUUAACGAAGAGGAUCGAGCUGGUCUCGUCAGUGUACUCAAGGAUAAGCUUCAGACGCUAGCUGGCCAGCACUCUGAUGUUCUCGAGAGCUUGACUCCUAAAGUCAGGAAGCGUGUUGAGGUUCUCAGGGAGAUCCAGAGUCAGCAUGAUGAAUUAGAGGCAAAAUUUUUUGAGGAGAGAGCAGCACUUGAAGCCAAAUAUCAGAAACAGUACCAGCCUUUAUAUGCCAAGCGUUUUGAUAUCGUGAAUGGUGUUGUUGAAGCUGAGGGUGCUUCAAAUGAAGCUGCAAGGGACCAAGAAGAGGAUAAGGCUGCUGAAGAGAAAGGAGUACCUGAUUUCUGGCUCACUGCAAUGAAAAAUAAUGAAGUGCUAGCCGAGGAGAUAACUGAGCGUGAUGAAGGAGCUCUCAAGUAUCUUAAAGACAUUAAGUGGCAUAGGAUAGAGGAACCUAAAGGAUUCAAGCUUGAAUUUUACUUUGAUACCAAUCCUUUUUUCAAGAAUGCUGUGUUGACGAAGACUUAUCACAUGAUUGAUGAAGAUGAACCUAUUCUUGAGAAAGCUAUUGGGACUGAGAUUGAGUGGCAUCCAGGAAAAUGCUUGACACAGAAGCUCCUUAAGAAGAAGCCUAAGAAGGGAUCAAAGAAUGCUAAGCCUAUCACUAAAACUGAAGAUUGUGAAAGUUUCUUCAAUUUUUUUAAUCCACCUCAAGUCCCUGAAGAUGAUGAAGACAUAGAUGAAGAUACUGCUGAGGAGCUUCAAAAUCAAAUGGAACAAGACUAUGAUAUUGGGUCAACCAUUAGAGACAAGAUUAUCCCCCAUGCCGUUUCAUGGUUUACAGGCGAGGCUAUUCAAGGGGAUGAACUAGAGAUAGAAGAUGAUGAUGAAGAAGAUGAGGAUAUUGAUGAGGAUGAUGAUGAGGGAGAGGAAGAUGAUGAGGAAGACGAAGAUGAAGACGAAGAAGAUAAUCUCCUGGCCAAGACGAAAAAGAAGCCGUCAGCUGGAAACAAGAAGGGUGGAAAACUACAAAGUGGAGAUGGUCAGCAGGGUGAAAGACCUCCAGAAUGCAAGCAGCAGUAGAAGUUGAAUGGUGAGGAGCCAGUAUAUCUUGUGUGGGUAGAGUUGUGAUAGUAUUUACAAUUUAUUUAGGUUUUUUUUCCUUUUGGAAAUGUUUGAUGAGGGAGGGAG